AAUGGCAUUGGCAGCAGAAGCCCCAACAAGCAAUCUCUCUUUUUGCAUCUCCUACCUAUAGCUUCUGAUCUGGUCACCCCAGUUAACGUCCCUUCGACUCAAACCCAUGACGACUCAACUCACAGUUUGGUACACAACUGACAACACUGCCUCUAGCCUUCUUCCAUUAUGAAAUUCUUACUCCCAACUCAAACCAUCCCUUUUAUAACCCGCCUUUCUUCUUCUAUCCUCUUACCAUCUUCAUCGUUUUCUCUUUUGCUUACACGCCGUGGCCUCAACCACCAUGGCUGGUUUUGCCACAGGUUCUUAUCAUUUGCAGGACUAUGACGAGCAGCACCGGCGUUCUUCGACCCGCCAGUCUGUGACGUCGAAAAUGUGCAGAGUUUGUGGGGAUGAGAUUGGUGUGAAGGAAGAUGGACAGCUUUUUGUGGCUUGUCAUGUCUGUGGAUUUCCUGUUUGCAGGCCUUGUUAUGAGUAUGAGAGAAGUGAGGGAAACCAGUGCUGUCCUCAGUGCAACACUCGCUAUAAGCGUCACAAAGGUUGUCCCAGAGUUGCAGGAGAUGAAGAUGAUGAUGAUGAUAUUGGAACAGAAGUCCUUGAUGAUGAAUUUCAGAUUAAGAAGCACCACGAUGACCAAGAUCACAAAAACGUCUUUGCUCACUCGGAAAAUGGAGACUAUAUUCAAAGACCAUUGCAUACUGGAGGAGCAUUCUCGUCUGCAGGAAGUGUGGCAGGAGGCAAGGAGUUUGAAGCAGACAGAGAUAUGUACAACGAUGCAGAAUGGAAAGAAAGAGUUGAGAAGUGGAAAUUCAGGCAAGAAAAGAGAGGCCUGGUGAGCAAAGAUGAUGGAGGAAAUGAUAAAGGAGAAGAAGAAGAUGAAUACAUUAUGGCUGAAGCUAGACAACCUCUGUGGCGAAAAAUUCCCAUUGCCUCAAGCAAAAUCAACCCAUACCGCAUUGUCAUUGUCAUACGACUUGUCGUUCUAUGUUUCUUUCUUCGUUUCCGUGUCUUAACUCCAGCUUAUGAUGCUUUCCCAUUAUGGCUAAUUUCUGUAAUCUGCGAAAUAUGGUUUGCAUUUUCAUGGAUUCUUGACCAGUUUCCAAAAUGGCUCCCAAUUGAACGUGAAACUUAUCUUGAUCGUUUAUCAAUGAGAUUUGAGCGUGAAGGGGAGCCUAACCGCUUAGCUCCAGUUGAUUUUUUUGUGAGCACUGUGGAUCCUCUUAAGGAACCACCAAUCAUCACUGCAAAUACUGUGCUUUCAAUCUUGGCUGUUGAUUAUCCUGUUGAUAAGGUCAGCUGUUAUGUAUCGGACGAUGGUGCUUCCAUGCUCCUUUUUGAUUCACUAGCAGAAACUGCUGAGUUUGCCAGGAGAUGGGUUCCCUUUUGCAAGAAACAUAGCAUUGAGCCCAGGGCUCCUGAAUUCUACUUCUCUCAGAAAAUAGACUAUUUGAAAGAUAAAGUGCAUCCCAGCUUUGUCAAGGAGCGCAGGUCUAUGAAAAGAGAAUAUGAAGAAUUCAAGGUGAAGAUUAAUGCAUUGGUGGCAAAGGCUCAAAAGAAACCAGAAGAAGGAUGGGUUAUGCAGGAUGGUACCCCAUGGCCUGGAAACAACACAAGAGAUCAUCCUGGAAUGAUUCAGGUAUAUCUUGGAAGUGAGGGUGCUCUUGAUGUUGAAGGUAAGGAGAUUCCUAGGCUUGUGUAUGUCUCUCGUGAGAAGCGACCUGGAUAUCAACACCACAAGAAGGCAGGUGCCAUGAAUGCUCUGAUCCGAGUCUCUGCAGUGCUUACCAAUGCACCUUUCAUGUUGAAUUUGGAUUGUGAUCACUACCUUAACAAUAGCAAAGCUGUGAGAGAAGCCAUGUGCUUUUUAAUGGAUCCUCAGCUAGGAAAGAAGGUCUGCUAUGUUCAGUUUCCUCAGAGGUUCGAUGGUAUUGAUCGUCACGAUAGAUAUGCUAAUCGCAACACUGUAUUUUUCGAUAUUAAUAUGAAAGGCCUAGAUGGAGUCCAAGGGCCAGUAUAUGUUGGUACUGGAUGUGUUUUCAACAGGCAGGCAUUGUAUGGAUAUGAUCCACCCGUUUCUGAGAAGAGGCCUAAAAUGACAUGUGAUUGCUGGCCUUCCUGGGGCAGCUGUUGCUGUGGGGGUUCAAGAAAGAAGUCAAAAUCCAAGAAGAAAGGCCAAAGCAGCAGCCUGUUUGGUGGAUUGCUGCCCAGGAAAAAGAAAAUGUUGGGCAAGAGCUAUACGAGAAAAGGGUCUGGAGCAGUUUUUGAACUCGAAGAGAUUGAAGAAGGGCUUGAAGGUUAUGAAGAGCUGGAAAAAUCAUCACUCAUGUCACAGAAAAAUUUCGAGAAACGAUUCGGGCAAUCUCCAGUCUUUAUUGCCUCCACUCUCAUGGAAGAAGGUGGCCUGCCUGAAGGAACUAAUCCUUCAACACUCAUCAAGGAAGCCAUUCAUGUUAUCAGUUGUGGGUACGAAGAAAAAACAGAAUGGGGCAAAGAGAUUGGAUGGAUUUAUGGUUCUGUUACAGAGGAUAUCUUGACAGGAUUCAAGAUGCAUUGUAGAGGAUGGAAGUCAAUUUACUGUAGUCCAGAGAGAGCAGCUUUUAAAGGAUCAGCUCCUAUUAAUCUAUCAGAUAGAUUGCAUCAGGUUCUGCGAUGGGCUCUUGGCUCCGUCGAAAUUUUCAUGAGUCGCCAUUGCCCACUAUGGUAUGGAUAUGGAGGAAAGCUGAAAUGGUUGGAGAGGCUCGCCUAUGUUAACACCAUUGUUUAUCCUUUCACUUCCAUUCCUUUACUUGCCUACUGUACUAUUCCUGCUGUCUGCCUUCUGACUGGAAAAUUCAUCAUCCCCACGCUAACCAACCUGGCUAGUGUAUGGUUCCUAGCACUUUUCCUCUCCAUUAUAGCAACAAGUGUCCUAGAGCUUCGAUGGAGUGGAGUAAGCAUUGAAGACUUAUGGCGUAACGAGCAAUUCUGGGUGAUAGGUGGUGUCUCAGCACAUCUCUUUGCUGUAUUCCAAGGCCUCCUCAAGGUCCUUGCCGGAGUCGACACAAACUUCACAGUCACAGCAAAAGCAGCAGACGACACAGAAUUUGGAGAGCUCUACCUUUUCAAAUGGACGACACUUCUCAUUCCACCGACUACUUUGAUUAUCAUAAACAUGGUGGGAGUAGUUGCUGGAGUUUCUGAUGCAAUCAACAACGGAUAUGGCUCAUGGGGUCCCUUAUUUGGGAAGCUAUUUUUUGCUUUUUGGGUCAUUGCUCAUCUCUAUCCUUUUCUCAAAGGUUUAAUGGGAAGACAAAACAGAACUCCUACCAUUGUUGUUCUGUGGUCUAUACUUCUUGCAUCAAUUUUCUCACUCGUUUGGGUCAGGAUUGAUCCUUUCUUGCCUAAGCAAACUGGCCCUGUUCUCAAACAAUGUGGGGUGGAGUGUUAGUCUUGUUUUUGGAUUUCAUUUGUUUCUGCAAGAGAAUUCAAGUUGUUAAUAGAGAUUUUUGUUUUUAAUAUAUAAGGAACUUGAAAC